AAAAAAUUAUCAGCUUGGACUUAUCUUCAUUAAUGGCUGGUUCGAAAUUUAGAGGCGACAUUGAAGAAAGAUUGAAAUCAAUUUUAAAUGAAAUUCAAAAUUCUAAUGAUAAGAUCAUCCUAUUUAUUGACGAAAUUCAUCUUAUUAUGAAUCUUGGUAAAACUGAAGGUUCAAUCGAUGUAUCAAAUUUCCUCAAGCCCGCUUUAGCUAGAUCAUUGCACUGUAUUGGUGCGACUACUAUUGAUGAAUACAGAAAGUUUAUUGAAAAGGAUUUGGCUCUAGCAAGAAGGUUUCAAAAAGUUAUUAUAAAAGAACCAACUGUUAUGGACACCAUAUCCAUACUAAGAGGUUUAAAAGAAAGAUACGAAGUCCAUCAUGGUGUUAGAAUAACAGACUCUGCUCUAAUCACCGCUGCGUCAUUAUCCAACCGUUAUAUCACAGAUAGGUUUUUGCCUGAUAAGGCAAUUGACUUGGUUGAUGAAGCUUGUUCAUCACUACGUUUACAGCAUGAAUCUAAACCUGAUCCAAUUCAAAAUUUAGAUAGCGAAAUCAUGACUAUUCAAAUCGAAUUGGAGUCUUUGAAAAAGGAAACAGAUCCAAAUUCAAUUGAAAGAAAAGAAAAACUAAACAAUGUUUUGAAGGAAAAACAAGAAAAGAUUAACAAACUAACCGAAACUUGGAUAAAGGAAAAAACAGAAAUCGAUAAAAUUAAAAACGCUAAAGCUGAUUUGGAAAAGGCCAAAAUCGAUUUAGAAGCCGCUCAGAGAGAAGGGGAUUACGCAAAAGCAUCUGAACUACGAUACUCAACCAUUCCAAAUCUUGAAAAAUCACUACCAAAGGAUUCUACAACAUCCACAAGCCUAAUCAACUUGCAAAAUGCAUCCGACAGUUCAGCGAACGAGGAAGAAAAUUUGAAUUUAUUGCAUGAUGCAGUAACCUCAGAGGAUAUCUCUGUAGUCAUAUCCAAAAUGACAGGUAUUCCGCUAAACUCAUUAUUAAAAGGAGAUAAAGAUCGAUUACUCUACAUGGAAGACUCACUCAAAUUAAGAGUCAUUGGACAAGAUGAAGCCAUUCACUCAAUCUCAGACGCAGUUCGUUUGCAAAGAGCCGGUUUAACAAGCGAAAAGAGACCAAUUGCUAGUUUCAUGUUCCUAGGUCCAACUGGUACAGGUAAGACCGAGUUAACUAAAACAUUGGCUGAAUUCUUAUUUGAUAAUGAAAAUUCCAUUGUGAGAUUUGAUAUGAGUGAGUUUCAAGAAAAACAUACGGUAUCAAGAUUAAUUGGUGCGCCACCUGGGUAUGUUGGAUAUGAAAAUAGUGGAGAAUUAACUGAAGCCGUUAGAAGGAAACCAUACUCCAUUGUAUUGUUUGAUGAGUUUGAAAAAGCACACCAUGAUGUAAGUAAACUAUUAUUACAAGUUUUAGAUGAGGGACAAUUGACGGAUUCUCAAGGAAAUAAGAUUGAUUUCAAGAAUACUAUAAUUGUCAUGACGUCCAAUAUAGGACAAAACGUUCUUUUAAGAGAAAAUAUCGACGAAAAUGAUGCUAGUGGUGAGAUUUCUAAAAAAGUUAAGGACGAGGUUAUUGAAAUAAUGAAACACUCAUAUCCACCAGAAUUUAUCAACAGAGUUGACGAAAUUAUUGUGUUUAAUAGAUUGUCAAAGCAAUCGUUGAAAAAGAUUGUUAAUAUCCGAAUUAAAGAGAUUCAAGACCGAUUAAAGGAAAAGAAAAUAGAAUUGAAAUUGAGCGAAGAAAGUGAACAAUGGUUAGUUGAUCAUGGGUAUGAUCCAAUGUACGGAGCCAGACCACUUAACAGAUUAAUUCAAAAGGAGAUUUUAAAUCCAUUGGCUCGAUUGUUAAUCAAGGGACAAAUUAGACAUAAUGAAGAUGUUUAUAUUGAGGUUAAUGAUCAUAACAAGUUGGUUGUGAAGCCUAACCAUGAAGUCGAAGAGAAGAAAUAGAUAGGUUAAAAGAUGUGACAAGAAAUUAUAAUUUUUUUAAUAAUAAUAAUAAUUUUUUGAUUGGAAUUUUAAUUUAUUUUCUUUUCCAGAAUAUUUUUUUUAUUUAACUGUAUUUUAUAUUUAUUUAGUUUAGUUUUAGGAAAUCAGGUAGUGAGAGAGUGUAUGUAAGCUUGUAAAUAAAUAAAGGAAAAUGAAUAUUAUUUUGAA